AUGACUGACUUUCCCCAUAGUUCCAACUUUCCUCUCACCUCCAUCCCCACAAUGGAAAACACAGCAACCCAGCUGGCCGACUUUCCUCCCGAGAUUAUUCUGGACAUAGGAGACCAUCUCGGGCUGAAGGACCUCAAUUCAUUUGUCCAGACGGCAAAGCUGUUCAACACUUUGUUGUCUUCCCGACUUUAUGCGCUCGGAGCCAAACACGUGGGCGAAACAACAUCGCCGCUAAUCCACGCGGUCCAGUAUUGCCCGAUCUCAGCUGUUAGAAAGUUGCUUGACAAUGGAGCAGACCCUUCAGUCUUUGCCGGCAAGACCAACGCCUUCCUGGCAGCAAUAACGCGCUAUAGACCUAAGGUCCUAAAAAUCCUCGUUGAGCCUGGCGUUAGCGCAUCCACACCGAUAACCAAGCUCAAGUCACCCCUGUCAAUAGCGGCGACUCGUUGGCGACUAGCGCCACUACGUAUCUUAUUGAAUGCUGCUCCUGGACAUUAUCCUGAUGAAGACGGAGCAUGGAUGGGGGCGUUGGGCCGUGCGCUAGUGAAGAACCGCGUGCGUGCAGCCCGCCUCCUGUUGGCAGCGGCUGCGAAGACGAUCUCCUCACCUCUGCAAGGUUUAUCUGUGGACAAGAUUUAUAGCGUUCUCUACCGAGCAAAUUGUGAGAUUAUCCGGCUGCUGGUCGAGUUUGGCUGGGAUCCCCUCGCCCAGUUAGGGAUGGGAGGCCUGCCCUUGCAUAUUGCUGCGCAAACGGGCAGAGCAGACCUUGUUCGGCUGCUACUUUCGUACGGCGCCGAUGUGAACGCGAGGAAUGGCCAGCAUGCUACGCCGCUCCAUCUAGCCUGCGCCAACGGCCAGUUGGGCGCCGUGGAGCUUCUUCUGAACCGCGGCGCUGAUGCCAACGCUGCCACCUUAUUUCGCGAAACUCCCUUGCAUCAGUGUAUGCGUUUUGGCUCUCUCCCCCUUCUUGAGCUUCUGCUCACUGCUGGAGCCAAUACCAGUGCUCGCGAUGAAACCGGGGUCUCACCGUUGCACAUUGGCAUCAGCCUCAGGAAGCCUCUGGAGAUGAUUGUGCGACUCAUCCAAGCGGGCGCCGAUAUCAACGCACUCGACCUGCAUUCCCGAACAUCGUUAUUUCUGGCCGCUAAGUACGGAAAUGCCCGACUGGUGCAAGCCCUAGUUGAUGCAGGAGUCGACAUGGCGAUUGACGAACGAGCAGGUUCGACAGGGCCGGAGCUCAUUCGUCAAGGAGCUGAUCCAAACCGCGUCAACCAUCCGGGAAAGUCAGCAGCCUAUGGGGCAAUCGCCUACAAUCGCACCGAGGCCCUCAAGUUUCUCCUUGAAUCUGGAGCCGAUGUGUCCCGCCUGAGGCAAGAUGGCAUCUCGCUUCUGCAUGACGCCGCCACACACAGCGCCAUGCCCAGACUGAUUACGUGCCUCCUGGACUACGGAGCAGACCCCCUGGCUAUUACGUCUGACGGUAAGACUGCGCUGCACUAUGCCGCGACUAACGACAGGUAUAAGUCAAUCCCACCGCUUUUGGAGGCGGGAACGCCGAUCGAGGCGAGAGACAAUCAUGGCGACACCGCACUUCUUAUUGCUGCCCGCAGCAGUUGUGAGGGUACCCGUGAGCUGCUCAAACGAGGUGCCAAUGUGAAUGCAUGUGACCGACGCGGGAGGACACCGCUACACCAUUGUUCUUCCCACACAGAUUCAGAGAUAUGCACCAUGCUGAAAGACGCUGGUGCAGAUAUCACCGCAAAGGAUACAUUGGGGCAGACGCCGUUACACUCAGCUGCCGCUGCAGCGAACUCCGUCGUCUGCGAUCGACUCCUCGCAGCAUAUACCGCCGGGGGCCUAGAUUAUAUGGUACGGGACGCAGUCGGCCGUACAGUGCUGGAAAUCGCGGCCAUUACAGGAGAAACCCGUAUUAUCGAGAACCUCAUCCACCGGAAAGUCGAUGUCAACAUCGGUUUUCACACAGACCACGGGAAGCAUCGCGGAGUCCCGGCCCUUCACGAUGCAAUCCUCAGCUGCAAAUCCGAAGCUGUGGCUUGUCUCGCGCGGGGAGGCGCAGAAUACCACUGCUUGGAUGUAUUCGGCCGCAGCGCAAUUGACUGGGCGUCGAUUGAUCACUCCGGCGACCUACUUCGUGAACUCCGCCGACAUAGACUGGUGACAUCCCUGACGUCGGCAGAGGAGCAGAUCGCCGUCCUGAAAUCCAGUGUCGUCGGCCUUGCCACGCGUAUCUUGGAAGGCGACCGAUCAAACGUCUACACUCUCGCCAAAUGCCUCCAGUACCUCGACGACAAGCAGGCCACCGGCGCAAUAUACGCCGAAGUCGAUGCCUACUGCGACGUAUGUGACAAGCUGAUCCCAAAGUCCGACAUACGCUUCAUCUGCGAGGAGUGUCCGGUUAUAGACCUUUGCUUGGCCUGUAUGGCCAAGUACGAGGAGCAGAAUAUACGGAUCCGGAUAUGCCAGGCACAUCAGUUUUGGAGAGUCGUUGUUUGGGAGCAUCGGCUGCCGAAGCAAAUGACUGAUGGGGGGGAGGGUGAGCUGGCGAGAGCCGAGUUAUUGAAGAAUUUGAUUGAGGUUUAUCGUGAGGGUGCUUCGUAG